AAUGGACCCCGAUUAUCAACAGAUUACUCAGUCUCGUAGAACCAAUAUAGCAAGAAAUCUUUGUCCCACCCUUCAUUGCUUUCUCACACUUCAGUUAUCUGUAACUCCUUCCAACCAAGUACUAUGGUGUCUCAACAUUAUAACACUAACUUAAAAGGAUGGCUUAGUUUUAGUCCACUAACUAAGGCCUUACCCCGCACUUGUGGUCUGGUUCCACCCAAGCAGAUAAUUUCCUGUCCCUCAAAUUGGCUGGACCUUGCAUUGGAUCGUGUUAAGGUACAGGAUCUCUAUAAUGCAUACCAAGUGAGUGCUGUGGAAUACCGUGUAUUGAUGAAAUUCAUAAGGUGGUUUGCCAUAAGGCACCUUGAUGUGAGGAAGAGGUAUACAGAACAAUCUCUAGAAACUCUAGAAUUCUAUAAGCGAGAGGUUUUGUUGUGGAAACCACUUGGCCGGUUUCUUCUACAAUAUGAUGAGUCGUGGAUCUUGGAAGUGACAACAAGAAGAUUAUUCAUCAGAAGACAUGAGCUUAUUAGACUUAGGCAGAGGCUUGUGUUCAAUGUUUCCCGCGUGCAGCUAUACAAACAUAACGAAAACCCCAUGGCCCACGCUGCGCCCACCACCGACGUUAAUCCAUGUGUUGCAUCUGUUCCUCCCACCACCGACGUCAGUCCAUGUGUUGCAUCUGUUCCUCCCAGCUCCGAAUGCCCUCAAUCCUGUGCGGAGGGUACUUCAGUACGCCAAGGAGAUAUCAUUGUGAACAGCAUGCAAAAUGUUCACUUUGACAACAUUUCUUCACCAUUCAGUUCUCAAGCUACUGUAACAUCUCACAGAAUGCGCAACAAUGUUCCUGAUAGUUCAACUCAAAAUCCGGCUCGGGCUCCGAGCCGCUCUUUAUCGUCGUUCCUGGGGUCUCUGACUCCCAACAUGGGACACCUUUUAUCGCACUUCAGGACUGCUGGUAUAGACGACGAAGCAUUUGCUGAUAUUCUUACCUGGAACCCUUACCUCCGAGCCAGUUUUUUGCGUCGAGAACUGAAGACCAGGUGUAGCGGGUAUCAAUUGCAGGUUAUCGUUACAGGCAUGGAUAGAUGUGGGGAAGACUGAAGUUUACCGUGAAGAUGCCCGUCGAAUAUGAACGAAUGUAUAUGUAUCAACUAAGCGCAGUGUAGUGUUUGCUGAAUCUACCGAGAAGUCAUUUCGACGAUGUAUGAAAAUUUUAAUCUUGCUGCGAUCUCUGGGGUUCAUCUAUAGCCAUUCUUGUUA